GAAGCAUCAACAUGAGUGUAAUAUUUACGACUUUUGCAUUAUUGUUUGAAAGUAAAAAGGUGAAUCUCUGAGGUUGUUCUUGAGAUUUGUAUAAUAUUGGUUCUGUUACUUCCAUGUGGAGCUCUGGCUUUAAGUUCUUUUUAAACUAUUCUCCUUUUGUUACCUUCUAUUCCUAAACAUUGUAUUCUCAUGCAUCUCAAACAAAAACUCCAACCAAACAACCUCUAUAAGUAAUUUGGAGAAAGGCCACCUUAUGGUCAAUUGGAAUUUUUGAGUUCAAAGCACGCUGAUGUGCCGUGCAGAAAAUGGAUAUGUGGCUGCAUUUCUUGAGCCAAUGUAGUGUCUGGUGUUUGUUUGAUUGAUAAAAGUCUAGAGUUGAAGCUCUUUGAAGGAUUUAUGAGGGUAGAUAAGAAUCACUUUCUUAGCUCCAUAAUUGCUUCAAUCUUCCUCGAGUCCUUUCGUUUUUGAGACUCCUGGGGCUUAAAGUCAACAUGUCUAAAGCAUUGUUGGUGGGCUUAAAUAUUAAAUCUGAGGUGCUUGACUAGAUAUAGGUGUGCUGAAAGAUUUUUGCUUCUCUACCUUGGAUUUCCCAUGGUGGUCCCUCUUUGCUCAAUUUUGGAAAUUACCGAAUUGAUUUGGGAACCACUAAAAUGUAACAGGCUCUUAAUUCUGAGGGAAAGAGAUUAAUUCUGUGGCAGGUUCUUCCCAAUGUUCAUACAUAUUACUUGUCUCUUAUCAAUAUCUUAGUUAAAUGUGUUUGUAGGCUUGAGAAAGUGCAUGCAUGCGUUCCUUCCACUGUGAAGGUGUUGGCUAUGAUGGAUGGUGCUACCUCGUGCAUUGCGACAAGUUCCUCAAAUGCUUUUACUAAAUCUUUCACUGGAAUUGAUGGAGCGGGAAAGAGAUUAGCUGAUGAGGUCGUGCAAGUUGUAAAGAAAACAGAGAGCUUAAAAAGGAUUUCAUUUUUGGCUCAUUCACUUGGUGGUUUGAUAGCGAGAUAUGCUAUUGCUGUUCUUUACAAUAACUCAAAUACCUUAAGUAGCACACUAAAUGGUCCUUGCAAUUCUUCAAAAAGAGGUGUGGUUGCAGGACUAGAGCCAAUCAGUUUCAUUACCUUGGCAACGCCUCAUUUGGGAGUGAGAGGUAACAAGCAGCUUCCUUUUCUUCUGGGACUUCCAUUCCUAGAGAAACUGGCUCUACCAAUAGCCCCUAUUGUCGUGGGUCUAACGGGUAGUCAGCUGUUCCUUACAGAUGCAAAACCCGAUAAACCGCCACUUCUCUUAAGAAUGGCAUCUGACUGUGAAGAAGGGAAAUUCAUAUCUGCCCUUUGUGCUUUUCAAUCGUGCAUCCUUUAUGCCAAUGUAGCUUAUGACCAUAUGGUUGGUUGGCGCACAUCAUCUAUAAGGAGAGAAAACGAAGUUAUGCAGCCCCCUCGCCGAUGUUUGGAUGGUUACAUGCAUGUUGUAGACGCAGACUAUUAUCCUCCUGUUCCCUCUGCGGGUGCCAAUUUUCCCCCAGAAGCAGCUCAAAGAAAGGAGGCGGCACAAGAAUCACCCAUUGCGCACGACACGGUGGAUUAUUAUGAAAUCAUGGAAGAGGAGAUGAUCCGAGGCUUGCAACAGGUGGCAUGGAAAAAAGUUGAUGUCAGCUUUCACUCCUCAUUCUGGCCAUUCUUCGCGCAUAACAACAUCCAUGUGAAAAAUGAAUGGCUUUACAAUGCUGGUGCUGGUGUGGUAGCUCAUGUCGCAGACACCCUCAAGCAACAAGAAUCAUUUUGGUUGGCAGCCCCCACAGGUAGCUCAUAGCGGUGAGUAAUAUCUGCCUGUGUAGUAGUGUUCAAUCAUGCUGAAGAAUCAGCAGGUUAUAAGGAUGAGAGAAUACCACAGAUUAUUUGCAUUGUCACAGUUUAGUAUAGUGUAGCUUGGAUGUAAGUAGCUUUGUAUGAGUUUCUCUGCCCAUGUAAAAGCUUACUACUGAGAAAUUAAGGGUAGUUCUACAUCUGUUUCUACAGUAAUGAUGUUGAAGAAGAAACAACAUUGAUAUACUGGUAUCUUAAACCAAUUUGAUAAUUAGAAGCUUUUACUUAGGAGCUGUUAUGGCCAUCUUUGU